AGAGCUGGCCUGUGCUGAGGACGUCAACAGUUCCUGCCAUGGCGCAUUAUGGCUGCAGGCGGCCUGCAGGCUUUAUUACACUGAUCUGCUCCGCAGCACAAGCAAUACACCAAGCAAUUAUACCAAGCCCUGGGCUGCUUGUUCCUAUGGGCAUCAACUCAAGUUGUGGAAUGCACAGGCAAUUGCACACCAAAUGCUGACAACUUUCCUCAUUGAAGUUCUUCUCGAGCUUGGGCCAGUGUAGCGCCACUCCUGUUAGGUAGGAGGUCUGUGGAACAGUUGAGAAAGUGGUCGCAGUGCUUACUCUGCAUUCCUCGAAUUUAGACUGCCACUUUUGGCGCCGGUGGGCAACUCAACGGAUCAAUAGCACCCCCCCGUAGGCCAGCUCUCUGCCUCCUUAUGCGGCAGCUGACUUUACUGCAUCCUCGUUAUGUCAUUCUCUCUGUUCAAGCAGAAGGGUGUUCGCACUCCCGAAGACAUCGUGAGGCACGUGCGGGACGCUCUACGAGCCUCAGUGGAACACCAUGAUCAGUCGUCUGAAGCAGAAACGAAACUUCGUUAUGAAAAGGCGUGCGAGAGCCUGGAAGUCCUCAAGGCGGCUCUCGGCAGUGACAGCUCCGUAGAGGGGGCUCCCGAUGCCGUAGCGGAGGCUGCGUGCCGGGAGGCGGUUCCCGAGGCUCUGAUCGCAGCACUGCCGGGCCUAGACUUCCAGGGACGCAAGCUGGCGGCUGCGGUCUUUGCCGGUCUACUGCGACAACCAGCCCCGCCCGUCUACCUGGAGCAGCACCCCCUCCUGAUGGACCAACUCAUCGCAGGGUAUGCGCAGCCGCCGAUCGCCCUCUUCUGCGGCAGCAUGCUCCGGGACUGUGCGCGACACGCCGGCGUCACGCGCGAGGUUCUGAGCCUGCCGUCCUUCUUCCGCUUCUUCGAGUAUGCCCAGGCCCCGUCUUUCGAGGUAUCAUGCGAUGCUUUCACAACCUUCAAGGAGCUCCUGACGCGCCACCCUGACGUCACCACGCCCUUCCUGGUCGCACACUACACACAGUUUUUUGAGCAGUACCGCGGCUUGCUGACGUCAGACAACUACGUCACCAAGCGCCAAUCGCUCAAGUUCCUGGGCGAGUUGCUGCUGGCGCGCGCGCACGUGGCGGUGCUGGUGCGCUACAUUGCGGACGUGCACAAUCUGCGGCUCCUCAUGCUGCUCCUUAAGGAUCCGAGUAAAAGCAUCCAGUUUGAAGCGUUCCACGUCUUCAAGGUGUUUGUGGCGGCCCCGCAUAAGGAGCCGCCCGUGCUGGCGCUGCUGUGUAAAAAUAAGGCCCGCCUGCUGACCUACCUUCACGACUUCCAGAAUGACAAAGAGGACGAGCAAUUCGAAGAAGAGAAAGCGCUCCUCGUGAAGGAGGUUCAACAGUUGCCCGAGCCGGGCCCAAAAAUAACCAACGAGCGCAACGCAGCGGUCGAUUGAGAGCAGGGGUAGGCAAUCGCGGGGUCGAGCGAGUGCCUUGUGACCCUCGGAGGAAAGUGGUCACUGAGGGAAACAUGUUGCUAAGAACGUACAUUGGAACGCCUUGAAAAGGUCAAGCGUGACAUUUGCCGAGAUUGUGACAUGUUAAUUUGCACAUAUGAUGGAGUGCACAAGACUUUAUUGAAUUCUUUACACUAAGCCGUACAGUGCAAUGGUUACAAUUUGAACUACGGGCGAAUAUCCAUCCAGAUCGACGUAAGCGAACAUUGGUUAUAUUGCAAGCCGCGGAUAGGCAGCCAU